AAUAUAAACAUAUUAUUUGUCCCCAGUCCGUUGUCAUCAUCCGUGCCCGUAGUUAUAACAAUCGAUGACGUUCAAGACAACGAACCUAGAUUCGUCCAUUUACCUUAUAAUAGAAGAAUAAACGAAGAUAUUGCAAAGGGCACCAGUGUUGUGACCAUUUCCGCCAUAGAUGGCGACAGAGGGCAGCCUAAUGACGUAGCUUACUCCAUUGUUUCCGGUAACGAAGACGGGAAGUUUUCACUAGAUUCCUCCGGUGACGUCAGAGUUGCGUCACGAAUCGAUCGUGACGUCAUCGGGUUUAGCGGAAGUUACGUAUUAACAAUUCGCGCGACUGAAAUACCAACGCGUGGAUCGAGCGGCGGCGCUUUUCGUGAGGUCAGCUUUGACGUCAUAGUUGAUGACGUCAACGAUGAACGGCCUCGAUUUGAACGACGUAGUUACAGAAUGAAUGUUCCUGAGACCACACCUGUUGGUACUGCGCUACCCAUGCUUAUACGGGUCGAAGAUAAAGACCAAGAUGCAAAUAGUGACGUCACAAUGUCGGUUGAAUGGAACAUGAGCGACCACAUCGCGCUUAGUCCUGUGACGUUUCGUCAUCGUGGUGACGUCACAAUCGUUCUAAAACAACCGCUCGACUUUGAGACGCAACGCCGUGUUCAGUUCCGGAUAUUCGCCAACGAAACAAACAAUCCAGCAUUGUUUACUGAGUGUGACGUCACAAUCGACGUCGAGAACGAAAACGACAAUGCUCCAUUAUUCGCGAAUACAGAAUAUCACGUUAACGUGUCUGAAAACACUGAAGUCGGCGAGCUUAUAUUCCGGGCAUCGGCCACCGACCACGACUCGGGAAAGUUUGGUAGAAUAUAUUACUCGCUAGAGGACGCUCACGGUGACGUCACCAUAGGUAGAAAAAGUGGGGAGAUAAGGUUGUCAAGGAAACUGGAUUACGAGGAGCGGCAAAGGAUAAGGUACGCGAUAUUAGCACGUGACCCCGGUCCCUCUUCACGAAUCGCUCGAACUUUCCUCUUUAUCUACGUCAUAGACGAGAUUGACAAUAUCCCGGUAUUCCCCCGACCACUUACCGAUGUCUACGUCAUCGAAAAUUCCCCCAGAACAAAACUCACAACUUUAAAGGCGACAGACGCGGAUGUUAAUGACGUAUUAUCAUACUCACUCACCAAUCCUCGAUAUGGCGAAUACUUCUCUGUGACGCACAAUGACGACAACACAGCCGAUUUGUUUCUAGAACGACCCUUGGAUUACGAAUCCGUCACUGGAGGCAGUAUAGAGCUCACUGUUGACGUCACAGAUUCAGGAUUCCUCCGCUCCACAGCGACACUAGUGGUCAAUGUAAUAGACGCGAACGACAAUCGACCACGGUUCGUUCGUUUUAACAACAUCUCCGUGGAAGAGAACAUCGGGGGUGGGAUCUUGGUCGGAUCGAUUUUGGCGGACGAUGACGACAGCGGAAAUAACGGGCGGGUUAAUUAUUACGUCACAAGCGGCCAAGAAGACUUCGGUACCGUGUUCCGUUUGAAUGAGCUCACUGGUGACAUCACAACUAAACCGGGGAUUUCCCCCGAUUACGAAACAAUACCUGUGUAUGACGUCACCAUCAUGGCACAGGAUAAUGGAAUCCCUUCAUUGUCUACAACGCGGAAGUUACGCAUCGAGAUUGAUGACGUCAACGACAAUGCUCCAUUGUUUACCAAAUCCAUUUAUGACGUCACAGUGGACGAGAAUGACCGAUUACGUGACUUCGGCGUCGAAGCCACCGAUGUAGAUAGCGGGAAAGAUGGGACGAUAAGAUACCGGAUAUCAGGGGGCAACGACCGUGGUGUUUUCCGUAUUAAUGACGUCACUGGUGACAUCACUAACGUCAAAGUUCUCGAUUAUGAGCGGUUGGGUGACCACGUGAUGCUUGACGUCAUCGCACAAGAUAACGGAAAUGACGUCCAGCUCAGCUCUUCUGCCAAGGUCGUCAUAACGAUAAAUGACGUCAACGAUAACGCUCCCAUAUUUUCCCGCUCAACCGAAACCUCGUUCCAAGUUCAGGAAAACAUCCUCGGUCCCAAAAUCGCUAAGUUCACCGCUUAUGACGUGGACAGCGGGGACAAUGGACGUGUGACCUAUUCCAUUGUCACUGGGAACGACGACAACACCUUUACAAUUUCACCACUGGAUGGGGAACUACGCGUCACACAUGGGGUGGAGCUCGACAGGGAGCAUGAGGCCUACUAUAACGUCACAAUAUGUGCUAUGGAUAGAGGGGAAAUACCCAAGAAUGAUACUAUCUUCACUCAGAUUCAUGUAACAGAUGCAAAUGAUAAUCCUCCCCAGUUUGUGCAGUUUCCCAACCGCAUCAACCUUAGUGAAAAUACCGUCAUGGGGUUUUCAGUUUAUCACUUGGUGGCAGAAGACAUGGAUUCGGGAAAGUUUGGAGAAAUAGAAUUUUCGAUCGAAAACGAAGAUAGAACUUUCUCUGUAAAUUCAAAGACUGGAAUCAUCUACCUGAUGAAAUCAUUAGAUCGCGAAACACGAAGCGAAUACAACUUACAACUGGUAGCUCGUGAUAAUCCUCGCGAUUUAAAGAAUUCUAGAACCACAAGAAGAACAAUGCAGAUCCUAAUCGAUGAUGUUAAUGACGAAACCCCCCGGUUUGUGGGAAUCCCCUAUAUUGCAGAAAUAACCGAGAAUUCCCCUCCAGGCACCGAACUACGAUUUGUGUCCCAACCGAUCGUUGCCAUUGACAACGAUGACGGAAGAAAUGCUGACGUCACUUAUUCCCUAGUAAACGAUGAGUCAGGGUUUUUCGCGAUCGAUUCUUUGACUGGAAGUUUACGGACAAUUGUCAAUAUAGAUCGAGAAGAGCUAAUUGAUGACAUCAUAAAGCUAACAAUACAAGCCAGUGACAUUGGGUUUAUGACAUCACAAACAACUGUGACAAUCAAUGUUCUCGACCUAAACGACAACACCCCUAGUUUCGGUCGCGCUCGAAGGGUUCGGACUCGUGUUCGGGAAGACUUGAGAUGCUGUCAUGUGAUCGCACGCAUGGGCGCUUCGGAUCCAGACAAAGGGGACAAUGGACGGUUGUUUUAUUCCAUUGUUAGCGGGGGUUAUGACCAUUUUGUCAUCAAUCGAGACACAGGCAGCAUUACAGUCGCGCCUGGUCAAUCACUGGAUCGUGAAGUGAUGUCACAAUACCGCUUGGUUGUCAUGGCAACCGAUCGAGCUUCCAACCCGCUGUCAAGCACGGCGGUUGCUACGGUUACCAUCGAUGACGUGAACGACUCCAGGCCGAGGUUUCUGUCUCCGUUUCUCAGAAUCCAGGUUCAUGAAAAUUCACCUGUUGGGUCAAAGGUUACGACCCUGGUUGCCACGGAUGACGACCUCAACUCUGACCUCGUGUUCUCUAUGACAUCAGUAACCAUCUAUGAUGUCAUAGGGAGACCCGUUGUCGUGGAUACGGCUAUUGAUGAUGUCAUACAGACGGAUAAUGACAUAAUAAUAUCUUGGUUUCACCUCAAUUCAUCUAGUGGUGAUGUCACACUAGCUUCUAAUGACUUAACAACACAUACAACAGUAGAUCGUGAGGUUUGUUCAUCAAUCACAAUAACGUUCAGUGUGAGAGACGAAGCUUCUUACACACCGGAGGUCGCCAAUGCUAUUCAACAUAUGAUGUUACAGAUUGACAUCGUUGACCAAAAUGACAAUUCCCCCGUUAUAACCACGGAGACUGGUGACAUCAUCACUGAUGACAUCAUCAUAUCCAUAGACGAGGAGUGCGAUGUGGGGACGAUGUUGAUGGGGUUCGGGGGCAGAGAUGUGGACCAAGGGGUGAACGGGAGGGUUUCGUAUGAAGUUGGGGGUCCGGGGAGGGGCUUGGUGGGCCUGGAUGGCGGGGUUGGGGCGAGCCUCGUUACCAAGUCUCGUCUCGAUCGUGAGGUUCUAUCGCCUCCCGGUGGCCCUGGUUGGGUGAACAUCACGCUAACAGCGAGCGACCAUGGGUUCCCAUCACCCAGGUCAACGAGGGUCAUCGUGAGGGUGAGGGUCGAUGAUGUCAACGAUAAUUACCCCGUGUUUACUGAGGAUAACUAUGAUAUUGAAAUCCCCGAAGAUUUACAACCAGGCAGCAUUGUGACGUCAGCAAUCGCUAUGGAUAUCGAUGACUCAGCAUAUGGUGAUGUAACAUACAAGUUACAUGGGGCGGUGGGGUUCUUUACCAUUCAUCAAAUAUUGGGCAAGAUACGACUCGUGAAACCACUGGACCGUGAAGUAAUAUCGGAACAUAAACUGACGAUAGUUGCUACGGAUAACGUAAGAGGUUCUAGAAACAAUAGAAAGAAAACAACAAAGAAGAUGACAAUCACGGUGAGUGAUGUCAACGACAACUCCCCAGUGUUCGACCAACCCCAACAAUAUAAGAUCUCCGUGUUGGAGAACACGACCCCUGGUACAAGGGUUGCCAUGGUUACGGCUACUGAUCGUGACGAGGGGAAUAACGGUCAUGUGACUUACUCUUUAAGGGCUUUCGUAGAUUUCUUCAGCAUUGAUCCUAUAGAUGGUGACGUCACAAUAUCUCGUCAAGUAGUCGCCUCACCGCGCCUCCCACUGGUCGGGGAUGUGGUGGUGUUCGCGACGGAUGGUGGCGGUAGAGAGAGCAAUAUGACGUUGCAAGUACGGAUUGUUGACGUCAAUGAUCACGUGCCUAAAUUUGAAUCUCCCGCCUUUAACGUUAUCAGGAUAUUAGAGGAGCAACCAGGUGGUUUGUUUGUGACGCAAGCAAUGGCAACUGAUGACGACAUAGGGUUGAAUGCUGACGUCAGAUAUAGAUUACACGAUCCAGAUCUGACCAAUCAGGGAGCUUUUAUGAUUGAUGACGUCACUGGGAGGGUUAUUACGUCACGAAGAUUGGAUCGUGAGUUACGUCACAGUUACUCUGUCGUCAUCCAAGCACACGACUUGGGUGACCCUCAACUACAAAGUACACGGAUACUCAACGUCAUACUUGAUGACGUCAACGAUAAUCGACCCAACUUCCCCGCUUCCGGUUCUCAAGGUGCAUCCCAGCGACUAAGGUUCCCAGAAGACGCUCCCAUUGGCUCGAUUGUGGGUCACGUGACACGAGCAGUCGACCGUGACGACAGCGCUCAGAUCUUCUACCAUAUCUUGACACAAGAUGUCAGUGGAGAGCCGAUAUUAGGAAUGAAUGGCGACAAGAUUGUGUUGAUGCGUGAAGUGGAUCGGGAAGCUGUUGAAAGUUACCAGUUAGUAAUCGGAGCAACGGACAAUCCCAACUUCACUCGUCCCUUCCUACUCGGUCGAUGGGACGCCACUGUUCAACAACAACCAUCAGCGUUAAUGGCGGAUGACGUCAUCGCUAAUGACGUCACAAGGCCCAUACACCUGAUGUGGGAUCCAGCUCGUGACGCGUCAUUGCUGAGGUUGUACGUCACUGUUGAUGACGUCAUUGACGAGCCGCCGAGGUUCUCACGUGACGUCUACGUCACAGCGGUCGAGGGGAAUACCCGGCCGAGGACCAAAAUUAUUCAGAUCAACGCAACGGAUUAUGACGUAAAUGAUGACGUCACGUAUUCGAUACAAAACAUCAAUUUUCAUCGUCCGGACAAUUCGACGUCAUAUCGACGUAAUGCUUUCGUCAUCAACCCGAGGAAUGGCGUCAUCAAAAGCGGAAGCCACGUCAUCAAGGGCAAAGGAUACUUCCUGAUGACGGUCCAAGCACGUGACUCAGCCAACCACUCAGCUACCUGCCAAGUUAAGGUUCAUAUUUUACAACGAAGCAAAAAAAUCCAAUUUGUUUUGGAAAGCCCGCCAGAUGUCGUACGAGAGCAACAGGAGAAAUUUUCAGAAACGCUUCGCAGAAUGACCGGAUCCAUUGUUACGAUCGAUGACGUCAGUCCACACUUGACUACGAAACGAGAACGUGACGUCACACGGAGUGACGUCACAAUACGUAUAUUCGACCCUCAAGCCAACAUAGACAAGAUUCUACAACAGUUAAAAGGGGGUUCCCCUGAGUUGAGACAACUUUUCCAAGAUUAUUCUUUCUAUGAGGUGACGUCACAAGAAAAUGACGUCACAGGGCUACAUAUCGCGGUGUUCUUGCUCCUUUUCCUCCUCAUUCUUCUCAUCGUGCUCUUUGUCGUUUUCAUCAUCCGCAUGAGACGCUCAUAUCGCGAAAAAAUCGAGAAAUUAAAAUCGAAUCAAGAAAAUGACGUCACAGCCAAUCCUCAUGACGACAUAAUAUGGGAGGAACCAUCUAGCAGUGAUUCAAACUCCAUUGCGAAGGAAAAGCAAAAAAGCAUGGACAAGACGAUCCGAAAUGUUCCGAACAAAGCCGAACCUAUCCGAAGCGUGAAACGUAGUUUUACUACGGAUUCUCCCACGCUUGCUAGCACCCUCCUGUGGUCGCCCUCAUCCGCAAGAAGACCGACGCGCUCCGUUGACUCCGACCGUCGUACGUCAGAGACGCCGCAUGACGUAUUCGAGUAUGACAUCACACUACACGGGGGGAAACCCCUCACCCCCCUGCAUGGCUCCGACAGUGGAUCUUCAUUCUAAGAUUCACCUGCUUUCGUGAGUAUGACGUCACGCGUGACGUAUUAUCCUCUAUCGUGACGUCAUCAUCCGCUGGUCCAUCGUUCAACGAAGGUAUGGGGGUGGUAGGGGGUG